CGUGGUGUUGGGAAGUACGUCUGUGUUAGUUCUCUCAGAUUGGCAAUGGUUCGUAGUGGAAAAAGUGGUGGGCUCCACCUGAAGCAGAUUGCAUACUACAGGCGAACAGGGGAAUAUCAUCCCACAACAUUAUCAAGUGAAAGAAGUGGAAUCAGGAGAGCUGCCAAAAAAUUUGUUUUCAAGGAAAACAAGUUGUUCUAUGUUGGAAAAGACAGAAAACAAAUGCGCCUGGUAAUUGUUUCAGAUGAAGAGAAGAAAAAGGUCCUCGAGAAAUGCCACAAAAAUGCUGCUGGCACUCAUCAUGGUAUAUCAAGGACACUGACUUUAGUGGAGUCUAAUUACUACUGGACCUCUGUAACAAAUGAUGUCAAGCAGUGGGUUUAUGCUUGCCAGCAUUGCCAGGCAGCAAAGAACACAGCCACCAUAGUGCCCAAAAUACACCCUGUCAAAGCAGACGACCCAUGGACAGCAGUCACCAUAGACACAUUUAUCACAGGACCUUUCAAUGUUACAAACAGAAGUCACAAAUACAUCAUAAUUAUGACAGAUUUAUUUACAAGAUGGACUGUUAUCUUACCACUGCGUGACACUUCAGCAGCUGAAAUUGCUAAGGCAAUCAUAAAUGUGUUUUUCUUAUAUGGGCCACCUCAAAAGAUGCCUAUAGAUCAAGGGAAGGAGCUUGUUUAUCAGAUAAAUGAAGAACUAUUUGCCCUGUUUGGAAUGAAACAAAUUGUAUUGUCUCAUCCUCAGACAGAUGAUGUAAAUGAAAGAAUGUCCAAGACAAUCAAAACUUUCCUUAAUAAGUAUUGCGUAGACCAUCCAAAUGAUUGGGAUGAACAUUUGUCUGCUAUAGCCUAUGCUUUCAAUUUGACAAAUUUGGAGCCAGAUCAAAACACUCCAUAUUUCCAAAUGUUCAACCGUAACCCACAUGUUGUUGAGCCCAUGAAUAUAUGUGUGGAAGAAGAAUGCGGUAGUUUUGCCAAAAUAUUUGAAGCAACUAAAAAACUCAGUCAAGCACUAGAGGAAGAGAAAAACUCAGAUUGUAAGGCAGAUAAAAAAACUUCAGAUGAACAAAAAAUCAGACCCAAAAUUACAGUCAAAAGGAAGCCAAAACAAUUAAAUACUCUUCAACUUAAAGUUGGUCAUGAAGUCCUCAGGCAAAGGAAAAACUGGUGGAAAGAUGGUCGUUUCCAGUCGGAAUGGAUUGGUCCUUGCGUCAUAGAUUACAUCACAGAAAAUGGCUGUGCAAUAUUAAGAGAUUCCACAGGAUCCAGGCUGAAAAGACCCAUCAAGAUGUCUCACCUCAAGCCAUAUAUAAGAGGGUCCAGUGAAAAAGACAAUCGUUACAUUCUACAAAGUGCAGUAGUUUUUGACCAUGACUAUAUUGGCUUAUCUGAAAGAUCUGAUCAUUCAAGCCAACCAGACUCUGUUGCUGAAGAGGAAAUAAAUGCCUACAAAAGAGAUGUCAUGCCUGCUGUACAGAUUCCACCUGCAUCCUGCAAAGACCAAGAAUCAGCAGAUGAUAAACAGGAGUCUGAUCUGAGAGAAGUUCAUUGCAUUGAACCAAACACUGCAAAGCCAGAGCAAUGGCCUUCACCUUGUUGGACCCUUCAGACAAAGACAGAGGAUACUUAAGCAUGUGUCUUCUAUCACAUUUCAUUGUCAAGCAGUUUGGAACUACUGUGGCAAUCUGGGAAAAAAAGAAAAAAAAAAAAAAAGCUCCAACUUCCUUAGCCCAAUCCAUUUUAUUCCUUUUUGAAUCUAAGAGUGCUUCAUUUGUCUGCGUGUUAAGAAAAAGCACAUAUUCCAAUCAUGCUUUUAAAUUUCGGAUUUUGUGGGUAGAAUGGCAAUGUGGCUGUGCCUUACUGUUAUCCUCUCAGGAGCCAAUGCAUCAUUUUGUUGUAAUGACCUUUUCCAUUUAACCCUUGGAUGACUCAUUCCUAAUGUGCACUGUGAGAUUAAUUAAACCUAAGCAAAUUGGUGUAAAUUUUCCUUCUACUACA